GGAGCCAUGGCAGCCUCAGGAGCCGUGGUAGCCAUGGUAGCCCUAGGAGCUGUGGCAGCCCCAGGAGCCGUGGUAGCCAUGGCAGCCCCAGGAGCCGUGGUAGCCAUGGUAGCCCCAGGAGCCAGGCAGGGGAUGCCGGAGGGAGCCCCAGGGAGGAGCCCUUCCUGCCGGAGCACCUGGAAGGAGGCAGCAUUCCCAUUCCUGCACCUUUCCCAGCCUGGGGCUGUCCCCUGGGCGAGCCCUGGGAUGGGCACAGCCCCGAGGGGUCCCCGGCGUUCCCCGAUCCCGACUGCGCCGGCGCCGAGGUGGGACAGGGAGGAAUUCCAGCUUCUCCCAUCCCGUGGGACGAGCCCAGGGAGCUCUCUGGAGAACACCCGGAGUUCAGCGAUGCUGAGGAUAUUUCAGAUCUGCUCCCAAGGGAAGAGCAGCUCCCAAGCCAGGACACACACGAGGGCUUGGCCUUUGAGGAGAAUUCCUUUGGUGACUCAGACCAGGAAUAUUUGGAGGGGAAUUCUCGCUCACCUCUUCCAAGCAGGAGCUCCUGCAUCAUGACACCCACGGAUGCUGCAGGAGCAAGGACUACCUGGGACGGCUCCUCCAGGAGCUCCGUGCACACGGAGGAGCGUGGGGAGGCCUGGGACACCCCCAGGGAUUCCGGGAGCUUCGUGGUCACCGGGCAGUGCCAGGAGAGGGUGGAACAUUUCCAGCUGCCCAGGACGUGUGGCCGCCGUGCCUGCGAGUCUCACCUGGCCCAGUCCCUGACGGAGACCUGGAGGGGCUUCCAGGAGAUCACCCAGAACACUUUGGACAUGGAGUGCCUCCGCUUCCACUAUAAGCUAAAAGAAACCCUGAGGAACGGCAGACCCCCCUUUUCUACCUCCAAAAGCACCUUCCCAGCCAGCUCCCCGCCCCGGCACGCCCCCGUCCCGCUGUCCCCGCGCAGCAGGAGCCCCUUGCAGGUGACAGUCCCCAGCUCGGGCGCGUGGCUGCGCUCCCACAGGGACGCUGGGGGCAGCAGGAGGAGCCGGGCUGGCAGGGAUGCCGGGGCUGGCAGGGAUGCCGGAGCUGGCAGGAAUGCCAGGGAUGCCAGGGCUGCUGUGCGCCUGGCCAGGCUGCGCUCGGAGCCCGCGCCGCCGGAGCCGCGCGGGGACGUGGCCGGAAUCCUGGAGGAGUUCUCGGAGUUCCAGAGGGUGCUGCAGGCCAGGGCCGAGCCCAGGAGCACAGCCCCAGCCCGGGGGCAGCCCCAGCCCCGGCCCCGGCCCGGCGGCACGGCGGCGUUCCCGGGAAUGGUGGCGGAGCUGUGCGGGGCCCUGCGCUGGCACCUGCGCCGCGUGGCCGCCGCAGCGCGGCCCGGAAUGUUCUACCUGCUGGAGACCGGGAAGGAGCCCUUCUUCGACAGGGUGAAGGCCCUGCUGGAGGCAGAGGGCCUGGUGAGCGUGGAGCCCCUGGAGUUCUGCAGAGCCCAGCCCCGGGGCAGCCAGCGGCUGCUGGUCAUCGUCAGGAACCAGGACAUCGCCCCCCACAUCCACACCGUGCCGUGCCUGCUGGAGCUGAAGCGCUGUCCCCGCGUGGUGUUCGCCGGCGUGGACGACCCCGAGGAGGUGACGGGUGACACAUUCCAGGAGCUCUUCCAGGCUGGGGGAUUCGUGGUGUCCGACGAGGAGCUGCUGGAAAGGGUGACCCUGGGCCAGCUGAAGGAGGUGGUGAAGGUGCUGGAGAGGCUGAACAGCAGCGGGAGGUGGAAGUGGCUGCUGCACCACAGGGAGAGCAGGAAGCUCAGAGGAGACCUCAGCAGGGACGACGGCAGCGCCCAGAAGAAGCAGCUGCUGCUGCGGUGGUGCCAGGGGGCUGAGCUGCUGGAGCUGCUGCCCCUGCACGGCUGCGACGGUGCGGCCGAGCCGCGGCGCGCGCAGUGCCUGCUGCAGCUGCAGGGGCUGCACGCCCGUGCCAGGUUCGCCGUGUACCUCACAGAAAAUGCCAGCAGCAGCUGCAGGGAGAUCCUGGAGAGCAAAGGGAUUCUUGUGGCUGACAUCAACACCUUCCUGGGGACGGUGCAGAAGAUGGCUGCUCCCUUCAGAAGGAGCUACUGGUGACAAAGUGAAGGCACCAGGACACGGCUCCUCCCCAGGCCCUGUGGCACCAGUCUGGGCACCCCAGCCCUGUGGGGGACAUCCCCACCAUCCAUCCCAGUGGAUCCCAGCCAUCCCAAUGGAUCCCAGCCAUCCCAAUGGAUCCCCACCAACCAUCCCAGUGGAUCCCAGCCAU